CGAGGGGAGGAGACCAGCUCAUGGACCCGCGGGGCCCGGCGCCCCAGACUCUGCGCCGCCGGGACGGAGCCCAAGAUGUCGGCCUAGGCCGGGGCGCGACGACGCGGACGGGGCGGCGACGAGGCCGCCGGGCUCCCGAGGGCUCGUCCUGACGGACUGGCGGAGCGGGCGGCGAGAGGCCGGCGUGUGGGGAGCGGGCCGCGCGGCACCAUGUCGGCCAAGGUGCGGCUCAAGAAGCUGGAGCAGCUGCUCCUGGACGGGCCCUGGCGCAACGAGAGCGCCCUGAGCGUGGAGACGCUGCUCGACGUGCUCGUCUGCCUGUACACCGAGUGCAGCCACUCGGCCCUGCGCCGCGACAAGUACGUGGCCGAGUUCCUCGAGUGGGCUAAACCAUUUACCCAGCUGGUGAAAGACAUGCAGCUUCAUCGAGAAGACUUUGAAAUAAUUAAAGUGAUUGGAAGAGGAGCUUUUGGUGAGGUUGCUGUUGUCAAAAUGAAGAACACUGAGCGAAUUUACGCGAUGAAAAUCCUCAACAAGUGGGAGAUGCUUAAAAGAGCAGAGACGGCUUGCUUCCGAGAGGAGCGUGACGUGCUGGUGAACGGGGACUGCCAGUGGAUCACCGCGCUGCACUACGCCUUCCAGGACGAGAAUUACCUGUACUUAGUCAUGGAUUACUAUGUGGGCGGUGACUUACUGACACUACUCAGUAAAUUCGAAGACAAGCUUCCGGAAGACAUGGCAAGAUUCUACAUCGGGGAGAUGGUGCUGGCCAUCGACUCCAUCCACCAGCUCCAUUACGUGCACAGAGACAUUAAGCCUGACAAUGUCCUUUUGGAUGUGAAUGGUCAUAUCCGCCUGGCCGACUUUGGAUCAUGUUUGAAGAUGAAUGAUGAUGGAACUGUUCAGUCUUCUGUGGCCGUGGGCACCCCUGACUACAUCUCACCGGAGAUUCUGCAGGCAAUGGAGGACGGCAUGGGCAAAUAUGGGCCCGAGUGUGACUGGUGGUCCCUGGGCGUCUGCAUGUAUGAGAUGCUUUACGGAGAAACGCCGUUUUACGCAGAGUCACUCGUGGAGACCUAUGGAAAGAUCAUGAACCAUGAAGAGCGAUUUCAGUUCCCGUCCCACGUCACGGAUGUAUCGGAAGAAGCAAAAGACCUCAUUCAGAGACUGAUCUGCAGCAGAGAGCGCCGGCUGGGGCAGAAUGGAAUAGAGGAUUUCAAAAAGCAUGCAUUUUUUGAAGGUCUAAAUUGGGAAAAUAUACGAAACCUAGAAGCACCUUAUAUUCCUGAUGUGAGCAGUCCUUCUGACACAUCCAACUUUGAUGUGGAUGACGAUGUGCUAAGAAAUACUGAAAUACUACCUCCUGGUUCUCACACAGGCUUCUCUGGAUUACAUUUGCCAUUCAUUGGUUUCACAUUCACAACAGAAAGCUGUUUUUCUGAUCGAGGCUCUCUGAAGAGCAUAAUGCAGUCCAACACACUGACCAAAGACGAGGAUGUGCAGCGAGACCUGGAGAACAGCCUGCAGAUCGAAGCUUAUGAAAGGAGGAUACGCAGGCUGGAACAGGAGAAGCUGGAGCUCAGCAGGAAGCUGCAAGAGUCCACCCAGACCGUGCAGUCCCUUCACGGCUCCACACGGGCCCUGGGCAAUUCAAACCGAGAUAAAGAAAUCAAAAAGCUAAAUGAAGAAAUCGAACGUUUGAAGAACAAAAUAGCAGAUUCAAGUAGGCUUGAGCGACAAUUUGAGGACACAGUGGCACUUCGCCAGGAGCGUGAGGAUUCCACGCAGCGGCUGAGGGGGCUAGAGAAGCAGUACCGCAUGGUGCGGCAGGAGAAGGAGGACCUGCACAAGCAAUUGGUUGAAGCUUCAGAGCGAUUGAAAUCUCAAGCCAAAGAACUCAAAGAUGCCCACCAGCAGCGAAAGCUGGCCCUGCAAGAGUUCUCAGAGCUCAACGAGCGCAUGGCAGAACUCCGCUCCCAGAAGCAGAAGGUGUCCCGGCAGCUCCGGGACAAAGAGGAGGAAAUGGAGGUGGCCAUGCAGAAAAUUGACUCGAUGCGUCAGGAAAUCCGCAAAUCCGAGAAAUUCAGGAAAGAGCUGGAAGCUCAGCUUGAGGACGCGGCUGCCGAGGCCUCAAAGGAGCGCAAGCUGCGCGAGCACAGUGAGAGCUUCUCCAAGCAAAUAGAAAGUGAGCUUGAGGCCCUCAAGAUGAAGCAAGGAGGCCGGGGACCAGGUGCCACUUUAGAGCAUCAGCAAGAGAUUUCCAAAAUAAAAUCCGAGCUUGAGAAGAAAGUCUUAUUUUAUGAAGAGGAAUUGGUCAGACGUGAGGCCUCCCACGUGCUAGAAGUGAAAAAUGUGAAGAAGGAGGUGCAUGACUCAGAAAGCCACCAGUUGGCCCUGCAGAAAGAAAUCUUAAUGUUAAAAGAUAAAUUAGAAAAGUCAAAGCGAGAACGGCACAACGAGAUGGAAGAGGCAGUGGGCACAGUGAAAGAUAAGUACGAGCGGGAACGAGUGCUGCUGUUUGAUGAGAACAAGAAGUUAACAGCUGAAAAUGAAAAGCUUUGUUCCUUUGUGGAUAAACUCACAGCUCAAAAUAGACAGCUGGAGGAUGAGCUGCAGGAUCUGGCCGCCAAGAAGGAGUCAGUUGCCCACUGGGAAGCGCAGAUCGCAGAGAUCAUUCAGUGGGUCAGCGAUGAGAAAGAUGCCCGGGGUUACCUUCAAGCUCUCGCUUCUAAGAUGACUGAAGAGCUGGAGACUUUGAGGAGUUCUAGUCUGGGAUCGAGAACACUGGAUCCACUUUGGAAAGUUCGCCGUAGUCAGAAGCUGGACAUGUCUGCACGGCUGGAAUUGCAGUCUGCUCUUGAGGCAGAGAUCCGGGCCAAACAGCUUGUUCAGGAGGAGCUGAGGAAAGUUAAGGACACGAAUCUCACCUUCGAAAGUAAACUAAAGGAUUCUGAAGCCAAAAACAGAGAAUUAUUAGAAGAAAUGGAAAUUUUGAAGAAAAAGAUGGAAGAAAAAUUUAGAGCAGAUACUGGGCUCAAACUUCCAGAUUUCCAGGAUUCUAUUUUUGAGUACUUCAACACUGCACCUCUUGCGCAUGAUCUGACAUUUAGAGACUCUCUCUCCUCCUCGUCUGCGUCUUCUCUGCUAGCCUUUUGGGAGGAAACCAGCUCAGCUAGUGAGCAGGAAACACAGGCUCCCAAGUCAGAAGUGUCCUCAUCGAUUUCUGUGGCUGCAAACACAGAACAGCAGGAGGACAUGGCCCGGCCCUCGCAGAGGCCGCCCGCUGUGCCGUUGCCCACCACGCAGGCCCUCGCUCUGGCUGGACCGAAGCCAAAGGCUCACCAGUUCAGCAUCAAGUCCUUCUCCAGCCCCACCCAGUGCAGCCAUUGCACGUCCCUCAUGGUCGGGCUGAUCCGGCAGGGCUACGCCUGCGAGGUGUGCUCGUUUGCUUGCCACGUGUCCUGCAGAGACAGCGCUCCCCAGGUGUGCCCGAUACCUCCCGAGCAGUCAAAGAGGCCUCUUGGCGUGGACGUGCAGCGAGGCAUAGGAACAGCCUACAAAGGCUAUGUCAAGGUCCCAAAGCCCACUGGGGUGAAGAAAGGAUGGCAGCGGGCAUACGCGGUUGUCUGUGACUGUAAGCUCUUCCUGUACGAUCUGCCCGAAGGGAAGUCCACCCAGCCUGGGGUCUUCGCAAGCCAAGUCUUGGAUCUCAGGGAUGAAGAGUUCUCAGUGAGCUCCGUCCUGGCCUCUGAUGUCAUUCAUGCUACACGCCGAGACAUUCCGUGUAUAUUCAGGGUGACAGCCUCGCUCUUAGGUGCACCUUCUAAGACCAGCUCACUGCUCAUUCUGACAGAAAAUGAGAAUGAAAAGAGGAAAUGGGUUGGCAUUCUAGAAGGACUGCAGUCCAUCCUGCAUAAAAACCGACUGAGGAAUCAGGUCGUGCAUGUUCCGCAGGAGGCCUACGACAGCACGCUGCCCCUCAUCAAGGCUGUCCUGACGGCCGCGAUUGUGGAUGGAGACAGGAUUGCGGUUGGCUUAGAAGAAGGGCUGUACGUCAUAGAGGUCACCCGAGACGUGAUCGUCCGUGCUGCUGACUGCAAGAAGGUGUACCAGAUUGAGCUCGCUCCCAAAGAGAAAAUCAUAGUCCUCCUCUGUGGCCGGAGCCACCACGUCCAUCUCUGUCCGUGGUCAUCCUUUGACGGAGCAGAAGGCAACUUUGAUAUCAAGCUUCCAGAAACAAAAGGCUGCCAGCUCAUCGCAACGGCGACACUGAAGAAGAGCUCUUCAACCUGCCUGUUUGUUGCCGUGAAGCGGCUGAUCCUUUGCUACGAGAUCCAGAGAACUAAACCUUUCCACAGAAAGUUCAAUGAAAUUGUGGCCCCUGGAAACGUCCAGUGGAUGGCCGUGUUCAAGGACAAGCUCUGUGUUGGCUACCCUUCUGGGUUCUCUCUGUUGAGCAUCCAGGGAGAUGGGCAGUCUCUAAACCUGGUAAAUCCCAAUGACCCCUCGCUUACGUUCCUCUCACAACAGUCUUUUGAUGCCCUUUGUGCUGUGGAGCUCAAAAGUGAGGAGUACCUGCUUUGCUUCAGCCACAUGGGAUUGUACGUGGACCCGCAAGGCCGGAGGUCACGCACGCAGGAGCUCAUGUGGCCUGCGGCUCCUGUCGCCUGUAGUUGCAGCCCCUCCCACGUCACAGUGUACAGCGAGUACGGCGUCGACGUCUUUGACGUGCGCACCAUGGAGUGGGUGCAGACCAUCGGCCUGCGGAGGAUCAGGCCGCUGAACUCGGAAGGCACGCUCAACCUCCUCAACAGCGAGCCACCGCGCCUGAUCUUCUUCAAGAGCAAGUUCUCGGGAGCCGUCCUCAACGUGCCAGAUACUUCUGACAACAGCAAGAAGCAGAUGCUUCGAACCAGGAGCAAAAGGCGAUUUGUCUUCAAGGUUCCGGAGGAAGAGAGAUUGCAGCAGCGACGAGAAAUGCUUAGAGACCCAGAAUUGAGGUCCAAGAUGAUAUCCAACCCCACCAACUUCAACCACGUGGCUCACAUGGGCCCAGGCGAUGGGAUGCAGGUGCUCAUGGACCUGCCUCUGAGCGCUGCAGCCCCCACCCAGGAGGAAAGGCCUGGCCCGGCUCCCCCAGGCUUGUCCCGGCAGCCUCCGUCCAGGAACAAGCCCUACAUCUCGUGGCCCUCGUCAGGUGGAUCGGAGCCUGGGGUGACCAUGCCUCUGAGAAGUAUGUCUGAUCCUGACCAGGACUUUGACAAAGAGCCUGAUUCGGAUUCCACCAAACACUCAACCCCAUCGAACAGCUCCAACCCCAGCGGCCCACCAAGCCCCAACUCUCCCCACCGGAGCCAGCUCCCCCUGGAAGGCCUGGAUCAGCCCACCUGCGACGCCUGAAGCCGCUGGCCCACCACCAUGGGGCCACGCAGCUGGGGACAGCCUCCAACGCCAGUGCCAAGACUGAGCUGACCCUCCAGUGUUGUCCAAGGAAAUGUAGAAUCAAUUUGUAGAUAUGAAGAAAAAUCUUUAUUAUAAUAAUGAUCAGUUUUAUGCCGCAUUGUUCGUGGCAAUUAGAUCAGACCAGAUCCAUUCGUCUGCAUAGCUGUGAGGUGACACUACUCCGUUUGCACAUGAAGGACCACCCAGCCUCUCUGCCACCCUUGACAUCCCGGGAAGGUGUGGGCUCUGCCGACGCCAGCUCCCUCCACGGAAGCCCACUAGAACGCGGCUUAGGAAGCAGACGGCCUGGGGCAUGGCCUCAGUGACUAGUCUUUCCUGUUUCCUAGGACAUUAGGAAAAUAGCAGGAUGGUUGUAUAUCUUUUUCAGUGUCACUAGAAUCUUGAAGACAGAGGAAAGUGGAGGUUUGUGGCCUUUUUACUCAUGUAGCCAUUGCAUAGUCAGCUGUAGAAGUCCUGCUGACCACCUCGGUGUGGACAGAGGCCUGGGACCAAUGACACCCCACGUCCCUGAGUGUUAGUUCAUUCUGGGUCACAGCCAUGAAGUGUCACCAGUAUCUACUACUGUGAAGUCAGCUGUGCUGUUUUCCACUCACCUCCAUGGCUUCUGCCUCCUGCCAUAAAACUAGCAAGUGUCGUGGUACAGGCAGGCCCUGUGGCCUGCCAGGCUGAGGAGGCCAGAGCCCCAGGGUGCUGUAUAGCAGGCACUGGGACACCCCCGCCCCGCCCCACCCUGCCCAGCCCUGCCCCUGCAUGGAGCCCCAGUGAUUAGUAGCCCACAUGGAUCAUGUAGAAAUCACCCGGCACGCUCCUGCUCAGUGUCCGUGGCCCACGGCGUGGUGACGCCCUGCGAGUGUAUUUAACCUCACCCUUCCUUGUGUAUGUUAAGUGAUCAGGUCUGUGGCCCUGUCUCAUUUAAGGCUUGUGAUUAACUGUGGCAGCAGACACAGCUUGUCCUCGGCUCAGGGCGGGUCUCCCGUCCUCCCACUGGUCGACUGCUUGGCAAGGCUGUUCAGGACACGCACUUCCCCGAGUUGGCACUGAGUGACCCGGCACCGCCCGGCAUCUGCCCGCCCUCCUGGGCCGUCUGCCGGGCGGGCACCUGCUGGGGGUUCUGGUUUUUACUUUUUUAAUGUAAGUCUGAGUCUUUGUAAUUAUUGAAUCGUGAGAACAUUUUUGAACAAUUUACCUGUCAAUAAAGCAGACGACGGCAGUUUUAAAGUU